AUGUCCUGGCUAUUCGAAGUCGGAAAAGUCGUCGUAUUCGGGGCAGCGGGCAUGGCGCUCGCUCCUUUCGUCGCCGUACCCGCCCUAGGGCUCGCUGGCUUUGGUGCAGCCGGCCCCGUCGCAGGCGGGUUCGCGGCAGGUCUACAAGCGACCUUAGGAAACGUAAUUGCGGGCGGUUGGUUUGCGGGCGCACAAGCCGUUGCUAUGGGCGGUGCCCUUCCCGCUGUCGGCUACGCGGGAGCUGGUACCAUCGCUGCAGCUGCAGGGGCGGUGGGAGCAUGGCUCGGUGUCAUCUAA